CUGCGAAGAUAAGCCAGGGGGUUUAAUAUGAAGUACAAUGUAUGUCCUUUAAAGUAGAGUGAUCGAGCUCCAGCAGCCUCGAGGCACUGAGCACCUGAAUGGUAACGUAACAGACAGGAAGAUACUUGCAAGAUACUGAUAAACCUCCUUCGUCUUCUGCACAAAGUCAGGAACAGUCCAUGGAGUAAAGAAAAUACUAUGAGGGGAGCAACUGAGUCCAACAAUACAGCUGUAAGAAGGUCGGUUUGAAAUAAUUCGCCUGCCGUCAUCUAACCGCAGAAAGAGAGGAUGGGAAUGGCGAGUGAGGAUCUGCUUGUGACACUCCAGAUACUACCUGGUUUCUUUUCAAACUGUCUGUUCCUUGUCCUGUAUGACUCUGUGGUGCUUGUGAAACGCGUUGUUUCGCUGCUUAGCAGCUCCAGGUCCGCCGGCUCCGGAGAGUGGCGACGUAUGUUGACCUCAGCGGGGCUCCGCUCCAUCUGGAACAGUUUCCUUUUAGACGCCUACAAGCAGGUGAAACUUGGCUGCGAGGCACCCAAUUCCAAAGUGGUAAAGGUCCCUGAUGGCUCUUGGUUUAGUAGCAAUAACAGUAACAUGACCAAUAUGCCAAGUGGUGCUAGGAUACAAAAUGGUGAUGAGUGCCAUCUUCUGGAUUUUGAGUCAUCAGAUCGCCCUCUGGUGGUCAACUUUGGCUCAGCCACCUGACCCCCCUUUAUCAGUCAGCUGCCAGCUUUCCGGCAGUUGGUAGAGGACUUCAGUGAUGUGGCUGAUUUCCUAUUGGUGUACAUUGAUGAGGCUCACCCAUCUGAUGGCUGGGUGGCCCCUCCUAUGGGCUCUUACUCUUUCAGCGUACGCAAACACCAGAACCUGGAGGAGAGGCUGGGAGCGGCACGCAGGCUCAUUGAGCACUUCUCCUUGCCACCACAGUGUCAGCUGGUGGCAGACUGCAUGGACAACAAUGCUAAUGUGGCUUAUGGUGUGUCCAAUGAACGAGUGUGUAUAGUACAACAGAGAAAGAUUGCCUACCUGGGCGGUAAGGGGCCCUUUUUUUACAGUCUGAAGGAUGUGCGGCAUUGGCUGGAACAGAGCUAUGGUAAACGGUAGGUGGAAUCAUGGACAAAUACAGAGAAGGACAUUUCCCUUUUUUCAGUUGGGAAAUAAUAGAUCAUUUGGUUUUGUAUAAGCAGAAACUGUUUUUUUUACUCUGCUCAUUUUUUAUGCACAAUGUGAACAUAAUUUUGUGCACCUUUCUCAUUGGAUGAAUGUUAUUAGAUACAGUAUACACCAACUAUUGCCCAUCUGAUACCUCUAUACAGUUUUUUAAAAAUUCUUCUUUGGCUGUCAAAAGUAUUUACCUCAUUCAAAUUUUUUCAAAGUUUUCAAAUUUUGUUACAGUACUUAAUCAAAGUAGAUUUGAUGUGGCUUUUGUGACACUGAUCAACAGAAAAAGACUGUAAAAAUGAAAAUUGAUCUUCCCAAUAUGAUCAAAGUAUUCACGCCCACUAAGUCAGUGUAAAGUGACAACCUUGAGUUUGUAUGGAUAGGUCUUGGUAGGUUAUGCAAGUUUAUGCUUUACUGAACACUGCUCAAAGGUUGUAUGGAUAUCACGAGUGAACAGCCUUUUUCAGGUCCAGCCACAAAUUCCCAACUGGAUUGAUAUGUGGUUUCUGACUCAGCCACUCCAGGACAUUACUAUUGCUGUUUUUAAUCUCUUCAGGUGUAGCUUUGACUAUAUAAUUAGGUGUAUUGUUUUGCAAACAAACCCAAAUGGCUAUGACUUUUGUGGUAGGAAUGGUAAUUUUAUGAUUAUGCUGUUUAGUCUGAGUUUUGGUCUCCCAAAAGAGACCUGAGCUCCCCAAGAGCCUCAAAAUUAUUUUGAGAUCAAGCAUUUCAAAUGCUACAAUGAAUCAUAUAAUACAUAAAAUCUAAUUAAAAUGUUAUGUUCUGUCAUUGUUUGUUUUAAAUGUUUGUGUGGCUGUAGCCUACUCAGUAUUGCUGACUUGUUAGUAUUGUAAAUAACAAAAUCAAUUUGGAUACAAGCAGGGUGUUUUUCUGUAUCAUGGUUAAUGGGCUGCUUUCAUGUGUAGUUUUAUGUGUCUGUGUGUAAUUAGUGUGUGUAGAUUUCGAGUCAGAUAGGUGAUUCUCAACAACAAGGCCAUGCAGUGUUAGCUAGUGGACUUCACCUCCUGCCAGCACAUUCAAUUUGCAGCCUUUCUCAUCAUUUCUGCCAAAUAAAACAGAGUAUCCCCUCUGUUCAUCAGUGUCACCUUUGUGAGCCAAGUUUCUCCUUUAUGUUGCCACAAAACAAUAUUUUAGAAUACAAAGCAUGUCUCAAACACCGUUUCCUCACAAUGUUUCCACACAAUGACAGGUAGAAACAGGCCCAAAUUUCUCACAGUGGUGAGUUUAAUUUCUUUACUUCUUAAUGUAAUAUUUGGUAUUAGAGUUGGCCAUAGCCCAUUCAAUCUCUUUCUUGUCUCUCUCUCCCCCACCCCCCACUGCAAAUGACUUCCCAGAAGUUGGUCCCAUAA